AUGGCAGGUGACACUGAGAAAGUCACCAUCCCAGCAGUGGAACUCUGCAGCCCUUGGUGCCCAGUGGAACAGCCAGCACUGACACAGAUGCAGCAGGGGAGGCAGGAGUCUGUGGUGAGCUCACUGCACCAUCACCCAGGCCUGGCUCUGUGUUCUUCUCCGAACCUCUUGAGGAGCUGGGGGAUGCCUCACCAAGAGCUGGGACCUACCAUGCUGAGGUGCCAUGGGCUGGGGCUCGGUUUGCAGGCAUUGAUGCUCACCUACCCUCAGAUUCCUGAUGCUUCUUCAGACUUGGCCCUCAAGGGAUCAGCUGUGCACAGGCCCUUUUCUGGGUCAGCAGAGCAUGAACAUCUGAUCAAGGGGAUCUUGUCUGAGAAAUCUAAGCAGCUCCCCUGCCAGGCUCAGGCCAAAAAGGGUGCCUUCUCUGCUCUCUUCUUCCUCCUUUACAUGAUGGCUCUUGCAGGGAAUGGCCUCAUCUUCAUGGCCAUCUGCCUGAACCCAGCACUCCACACCCCAAUGUACUUCUUCCUCACCAAUAUUGCCAUCUUAGAUAUUGCCUGCACAUCCACAGUUCUCCCCAAGUUGCUGGAGAACCUUGUGGGUAAGGGCAGCACCAUCUCCUACCAGGGCUGCAUGACCCAGCUCUUCUUCCUGUCAUUUUCUGGGGCAGAGCUACUGCUGCUCAUGCUCAUGGCCUAUGACCACUAUGUGGCCAUCUGCCAGCCCCUCCACUAUCACAAACUGAUGAGCAGAACCCUCUGUGCCCUGCUGGCAGGCAGUGUGUGGGCAGUCAGUGGGGUCAGCACCUCUGUGCAUACUGGCCUGAUGGCACAGCUAAAGUUCUGUGGCUCCAGUCAGAUCCAUCACUUUCUGUGUGAAGUCCCCACACUGCUGCUCCUUGUUUGUGGCCCAACAUACCUGAACAACAUCAUGAUUGUUAUUGCAGAUGUUUACAUUGGGGUAGUCAACUUUCUGCUCACCAUGGUGUCCUAUGGCUUCAUCAUCACCAGAAUCCUGCACAUCCACUCAACUGAGGGCAAGCACCGGGACUUCUCCACCUGUUCCUCCUAUCUCCUCAUGGUCUGCAUGUACUACUCCACUGUCAUCUACACCUACAUCCUCCCAGGGUCCGGCUCCUCCAUGGAAAAUGGCAAAGUGGUAGCCAUUUUGUACACAGCAGUCAGCCCCAUCCUGAACCCACUCAUCUAUGCUCUGUGGAACAAGGCUGUAAAAGUGGCCCUCAGGAGGGUGUUUCCCACAUUUGGUAAAUGA